CGCGCUCUUUCACCAUACCAUAUCCCUUUAAUAGGUCCUUCUUGAUUUUCUAGAAAAUUCGCACGUUCUUGUUAAUUAAUCUCCAAUAUUAUUUGUAUAAAAAUUUACAAGACAAGUAUUUAAAAAUAAUCGAAUACAAAUACAGGUUAUAAUUUAUUGUUUAUUAUAACCUCUAAUUUUAUUGACUUUUCCAUAGAUUGAAAACGCUUAUUCGAUGAAAAUGACAUUUUUGUCCAUAUGUCAGUAUACUAUUUGCAACAAUUCAAUUUAAAUUGAGUGGUAAAAAUUAACAAUUAAGUAUUCAAUAUAGAAAUAAGUAAACAUUUGAACUGUCAACUGUUAAAAUGACUUCUUGCUCUUUAGAAAUUAUACUUGCUCCACAAUAGUGAAUAUUUAUUCAUUAGCAAUUAUAACAUUGAUUUAAAUUAGUGAUCAUUUUACAAUAGCAAAUGAGUGAAUAUUUUCAUUAUGUUGCUGUGACUUUCACUGAUUUAUUUUCAUAUGGAGCAGGUUAGAAAAGCGUUUAUUAAAUAUUUCACUAUUUAAGUCAGUGUGACCGUAAUGAAAAUGUAAAAUGAAUGAAUUUUAAUUAAUUACAAAAAUGAUCUCUAACAUGGUAGCAGCAUGUACAUGGUUGACGCAAUGAUCUCCCUCUUAAAAUCAUCUGUUCGUAAUCAAUAAUACAAGAUGAUUCCAUUUCUUCACGCAGUUGUCACAUGGUCUUAAAGGAUUGUAUAGAUUGAAGUACAAUAUAUGAAUAAGAAACCAAUAAAUAAAAUGUCACGCUGUAAUUACCUCAAAUUUUGUUCAUUUUUUAAUAAGCGAGUGCCUACAAAAAGUUCUUGUAUUCAUCUGAAUUAUCAUAAACACGCACAGCCACAUAAUACAGUUGUACAUCAUGAAACAGGUUAUUUUUUCGAGCGAGCAGCAAUCAGUAUUCGUUGUUUAUGCUCAAUGCACAAAGUUAUUGAAAGAAACGUUUUACAUUCAACAAUUGCUCCACUAUCUUAUUGGGAAAAGAAGUGGCGAAAUUAUAGAAAAAAUACCUCAGAGGCUAAUUAUAAGAAUUUGAGUUUUAUUUUAAGUGGAUUAGGAUUGAUUGUAGCUUAUUGUGAUGCUCCAAUAUCAUUAAAAGAGAAAAGGUUUUUUCGAGCCGCACAGUAUGGAAAUAUUCCAGAUUUAAAGAAGGCAAUAUUAGAAGGAGUUGAUGUAAACAUGAGACACAGUCUUGGAUGGACAGCAUUGCAUUCAGCAGCAAUAAAUGGUAAAGUUGAUGCUCUCAAAUUUUUAAUUAGUCAAGGAGCUGAUGUAAAUGCGGAAGAUGAAUUUAUAAAUGUUUAUAAAACUGGAAGAGAGAAAGGACUUCAUUCAUUAGAAGUUCUUAUGAUACGUGAAGAAGAAUUUUCUGAUAGAUUAAAUAGUCGAGCUACUUUUAAAGGUUUUACUCCAUUACAUUAUGCUGUUCUUGCCGAUUCUUACGAAUGUGUUAAAGCACUUUUAGAUGCAGGUGCUAAUCCUACGAUAGAUAAUGAAUCUGGUCAUAGGCCUGAAGAAUAUUCGAAAAAUGACAAAAUAAAGAAAUUACUUAUUCAGAAGGCUCAAAAAUAUGAUGAAUUACUUAAAGAAAAGGAAGCAGAAGAACGACGAAGAUUCCCAUUGGAGCAAAGAUUAAAGCAACAUAUUGUUGGUCAAGAAGGUCCUAUUUCUAUUGUAGCAUCUACUAUAAGAAGAAAAGAAAAUGGUUGGAUUGAUGAAGAACAUCCCUUAGUAUUUCUUUUCCUUGGUUCCUCUGGUAUUGGAAAAACAGAGUUAGCGAAACAACUUGCUGCUUAUAUUCAUAAAGAUAAAAAAGAUGGAUUUAUUAGAUUGGAUAUGUCUGAGUAUCAAGAAAAGCAUGAAGUUGCUAAAUUAAUUGGCGCUCCACCUGGAUAUGUAGGUCAUGAUGAUGGAGGACAGUUGACAAAACUUUUAAAAAAAUUCCCAAAUGCCGUGGUACUUUUCGAUGAAGUAGAUAAGGCACACCCUGAUGUACUAACCGUUCUUUUACAACUAUUUGAUGAGGGAAGACUAACAGAUGGAAAAGGUAAAACAAUUGAGUGUAAAGAUGCUGUAUUUAUAAUGACGUCAAAUCUUGCCAGUGAAGAAAUAGCUGAACAUGCUAUGCAAUUACGAGCUGAAGCAGAAAGUGUAUUACAACAACGACUUGACAAGAAUUCUAAUGAAGAUCAAGAACCAGAACGAAUCGUUAUAUCACGACAUUUUAAAGAUGAAGUGGUGCGGCCCAUAUUAAAGGCUCACUUUCGACGUGAUGAGUUUCUAGGUAGAAUAAACGAGAUCGUAUAUUUCCUACCAUUCUCACGUAGUGAAUUGAUAAAGCUUGUAGCUCGUGAACUCGAAGCCUGGGCUACAAGAGCAAAAGAGAGACAUAUGAUAGAACUGAAAUGGGAUCGUGAGGUUCUUUCAGUUCUUGCUGAUGGUUAUGAUGCUCAUUAUGGUGCUCGGUCUAUAAAAUAUGAAGUAGAAAGACGAGUAGUUAACCAGUUGGCUGCUGCUCAUGAACGUGGACAACUCGGUAAAAAAUGCUGCGUCAAACUAAAAACUAAAUGGCAUGAAAACGGAGCCAGUAUUAUGCUUUCAGUUCGACCUCCUGGAGUUAAGGAUUUUGUUGACAUUGCAGAGACAGAUAAUGUUAUAAAAAAUGUUCAUGCCCAGUUUUAGUGAAUAGUAACUAUUUUUCUAUGCUAAAAGUGUUCAACCAAAUAUAAACUCAGGAUUUUUGGUAGGAAUAGAAUUUAAAUUAUGAGAUAAUUUGAAUUAUCGAUUGAUUAUUGUAUAUGUUUGUUUAUUAUAGAUUAUAAAUAUUUAUUUAAUAUUUUCAUAGAGUGAAAUUGAUAGCCUUUUAUUAUAUGAACUAAACUGCACUUUUGUAGGACUGAAAUAUUCACCAAUGAAAAACUUGUAACAUAAUUUGUUGGAAAAAAGAUUCAUUUGUUAUCAAACAAUACAAUUCGCUGUAAAUAAAUUCAUCUUUAAUGUAAACUGAUAAUUAAAGUUACAUAACAAGACAUUUUGGUUGAACAUCACACUUAAAGUACAGUAUACAUUUUUUAUAUUAUAUACCAAGAUAAAAGAUUGUGUCGAAUUGGAGUUAUUGAGAAAAUAAAAACUUUC